AUGGACAUACCGAGAAGUCGCUCAAUGAGAUCCACCUCGCUCCAUGAUACCGACUCCCCCCGACUCGCUGAGUCGGAAAGGAUCGAGGGCGCCGGUAGCUGGGACGCCAUUGAAUGGACCAAGAUUGAUCCGGUAUCAAGGUCUGUGCCGCAAGGACUACAGCACUUCUUGCUGGAAGCCGAGGAAGUCAUUGUGGAGGGAUAUGUCGUUGUACUUGUGAACACUGAUAAGGCAGGAACAUUGUUUGUUACGAACUUUCGUCUUCUUUUCCUGAGUGAUGGAUCUAGGAACAUCAUAGGACUUGGCACUAUUCCGUUGGCAACAAUCGAAAAGUUCAACAAAAUUGUUAUGAAGCUUCCUUCAGGUCCUAGGCAGAUUGAUAAGACUCCAUCACAGCGAUUGCUUCAGGUCAUUGGCAAAGAUAUGAGAAUUAUUGUCUUUGGCUUUCAGUCUCGAACAAAGCAGAGGCGUGCUGUAUACGAUGCAUUGUUGAGGUGCACGAGACCAGCUAGACUCUGGGAUCUCUAUGCUUUUGCAUGUGGACCUUCCAAAUUCGGUAACACAAACCCCAAGGUGCGGCUACUGAAUGAAUACUUCCGACUUCUUGGACUAGGGUCACCUCAGGCGUCAGCCAGAACAAUUGAAGAUGGUUCUUACGUGGUGUCUAAUGAAUGUUGGAGGAUAAGCAAUGUGAAUUCUAAUUAUACAAUGUGCCCAACCUAUCCUUUUGCAUUGCUUGUUCCAAAAUCCAUCAGUGAUGUAGAAAUACAGCAAGCUUGUACUUUCCGUGCACGAUGUCGUUUGCCUGUAAUUACAUGGUGUCAUCCAGGGACAAGAGCUGUUCUAGCACGGUCAUCUCAACCAUUGGUUGGCCUCAUGAUGAAUAUGAGAAGCAAUGCUGAUGAGAAGCUAGUUGCUGCACUCUUUACUCAACUUAUUGGAACGACGGACCAAAAGAGGAAGUUGUAUAUCGCUGAUGCAAGACCUAGGAAAAACGCUUUAGCAAAUGGAGCAAUGGGAGGUGGUUCAGAGUCAUCUGCCAAUUAUUUUCAAUCUGAGAUAGUCUUCUUUGGAAUAGACAACAUACAUGCCAUGAGAGAGAGCCUUUCUCGGCUUAGAGACUAUGUGGAUACUCAUGGGGCCACUUCUUCAGAUGGAAUGUCAUCAUUUUUGAGGCAUGGUGGAUGGACUUGGGGAGGUGGUAACCUCAGCAGUAUGUCUGCGUCAGUGUCAACUCUUGGGGACAGUGGUUGGUUGAUACAUGUUCAGAGUGUUCUGGCUGGUUCUUCUUGGAUUGCUGCUCGUGUUGCGCUGGAAUCAGCAACAGUGUUAGUACAUUGCAGUGAUGGAUGGGAUAGAACAACUCAGUUGGUCUCGCUUGCGAGUUUGUUGCUUGAUCCGUAUUACCGGACAAUCAAAGGUUUUCAGGCACUCAUAGAAAAAGAUUGGCUUGCAUUUGGUCAUCCAUUUUCAGAUCGUGCAGGAAUGCCAAUUGCAUCUGGAAGUGGCAGCAUGCCAUUUGAAUUAUCGCGGCAGUCUUCUACAGGAAGUUUAUCUACAUCACCUAUUCGUCAAGCAUCGGGCUCAUUCCCAUCUCAAGCGCCUUCUUCUUCACAUGCACAAAACAAUUAUUCUCCCAUCUUUUUGCAGUGGAUUGAUUGUGUUUCACAACUGUUACGGAUGUAUCCUUUUGCUUUUGAAUUCUCGACGGCUUUUCUGGUAGACUUACUGGAUUGUGUACUUUCCUGUCGUUUCGGGAACUUCCUGUGCAACAGUGAGAAAGAAAGGCAGCAGGCUGGCAUUUCUGAUUCAUGUGGGUGCUUGUGGACGUAUUUGGCUGAUUUACGGGCUUCAGAGGGAAGCUCUCAUGUGCACUACAAUCUGUUUUAUGAUCAAUCUAAACAUGAAGGUCCACUGCUACCUCCAGCUGCAGCUUUGGCGCCAACUAUUUGGCCUCAGUUCCACCUUCGAUGGACUUGUCCAUCAGAAGCUCAAGCAGGAGAGGUUGAAGCAAUCUGUCGGAACAUGGCUAAAAAGAUGUCCGAGUUGCAAAAGGCAAAAGAAGUAGCAGAGGCUAAUGUUAAAGAAACGACGUCUACCAUUGAGUCCUUGGCUGUGGAGUUACGAAAUGAGAGGCUUUCCAGCAGCUCGGCCUGGAAUUUGGCAAAGCGAGCCAGAAAUGAAAUUGCAGCUAUGAAGCGAGCUAUGCAAUCACUGGGCUGUAAGGUACACUUUUCAGAAGAUGGUGAAUGCGUUGCAGUUGAAAACAAUGGAACAGGGAUUCCUCAGAAAUCUUUUUAUCCGGAUUCAGACAAGGAAAGUGGUGAAUUUUUUCAGCAUGACAAUAAAUCAGAUCUGUCCGUCUUUGAUACUGUCUUGGCCGAUGAUCCCAUCAAUCCGAUUACUCGUGUUUGUGAAUCAUUAUGCCCAUUACGUACCAGAGAUGGAGGGUGCAGAUGGCCAGAUGCUGAAUGUGCUAGAUUUGGAAGUGAGUUUGUUGGGUUGAAAGCAAAUUUUAAUGCAUUAGAUCGACUUUCUAUUUACGAUAGCUAUUUUCAGCCAGAGUAG